CCCCCUCCCUCCUCCUCCUCCCAGCCGAAAGCCAACCCGUUAUCCAUUUCGGUGGGGGUCAAUUUCAGCUCGCCAUGCAGCUCGUUGUAACGCAGCCCCUGGGGGCCCGCCGUGCCCCCCCCCCUCACCCUCCUCCCUUCCCUCCUCUCCCAGACACAGUAAAGGAAGAGCCAUGAAAAAGUCAUGAGGCAAACAAUCCCCGGGACCUAUUUUCGGGAACAAUAACUCACAGCCGCCACGCUGACACCGGAGCUGGGGGGGGAAGGAGGCAGUGGGAGCACAGAGCUGGGCAAUGGGGACCUGCUGUGACCGCCCAGGGGACACCACCCAUCCCCACAGCACUGUGUGCCCCCAUAGGGCAGCACCCGGAUCAUGGGGUUGGGGUGGGCUCAGCCCAAGCAGCAUCCUUGUGGCACAUGGCACCAUAGGACAUCAUCCAUCAUAGCAGCACAUGGCACCACGACGCCCAACACAUGGCAAUGGAGGUCCCUGUGAUGCAGUACCCAAAACAUGGCACCGUGAUGCCCAACACUUGGCACUGCAGGACCUAAUUCCACAGUCCCCAUUGCAAUGCCCCAAACCCAGCAAUGAAGGUUCCCAGCACACGAUGUCCUGGAGGUCCCCACACUGCAAUACCCAACACACAUGAUGAUGACGAUGCCCAGUUCUCAGCUCUGUCCCACUGCAGACCAUGGGGCUGCGUGACCCCGAGCCACAGCCAUGGGGGGGGGAUUUGGGGCUGCAGGACAGAUGGAGGCCAAGGGCCCCAAAGCAGGAUAAAGGGUUUAAACUAAUCAAAAUGCCUGGCUAAUUAUAAGGCGCUUAGGGGCUGGCCGGGAGGCGGCGCGCCAGGAGGUGACCCGCUGCUGAAUCAGAGAGGCCGGUAACCUUACCCUGCAGGGAACGGAUCCGUGCGCCCGGAUCGGGUUCCCACCCAAGUUUUCCACCCACGGCUCCACGGUGGGACACCGAGAGCCGGAGCUGUGCACCCACGGGGCUGCCCGGUGCCGGGUGUCGAGCUGCUGUAGGGCUGUAGGGUGCAGGGCAGUGGGUUACCCAGCUGCAAUCUGGCCGGGCUCUAUAAUCCCACCUGCCCUUAAUUGGGUGCCCCCCCUUCCCACCACGCCGUGCCGUGCCGAGCUGUGCCGUGGGGCCAUUGCGGCAGCGGCGCCCGGCAGCGCAGACGUCCCCGCAGCCCCCUGGGGCCGCCCCCCCCCCAGCAAGAGGCGGAAGAUGCCAACGAAUGGGAUCCACCAGGUCCUGAAGAUCCAGUUCGGGCUGAUCAACUGCGAGAGCCGCUACCUGACGGCAGAGAGCUUCGGCUACAAGGUGAACGCCUCGGCGCCCAGCCUGAAGCGCAAGCAGAUAUGGACGCUGGAGCAGGACGAGGCCGACAGCUCCGUCGUCUUCCUCAAGAGCCACCUGGGCCGUUACCUGGGGGCCGACAAGGACGGGCAGGUGCGCUGCGAGGCCGAGCAGCCGGGCCGCGAUGAGCGCUUCAGCAUCAUCACGCAGUCGGACGGGCGCUGGGCGCUGCAGUCGGCGCCGCACCGGCGAUUCUUUGGCGGCCGCGAGGACCGGCUGUCCUGCUUCGCACCCAGCAUCACCGAGGGCGAGCUGUGGACCGUGCACCUGGCCAUGCACCCGCAGGCCAACCUGCUGAGUGUCAGCCGGCGCCGCUACGCGCACCUGAGCGCACACGAGGACGAGAUCGCCACCGACAGCAACCUGCCAUGGGGGGUGGACGCGCUCAUCACGCUCUGCUUCCAGGACAAGAAGUACAGCCUGCGCACGGCCGACGAGCGCUACCUGCGCUGCGAUGGGAUCCUGGUGCCCGAGCCCGGUGCCCGCACUGGAUACACGCUGGAGUUCAAGGCGGGCAAGUUGGCCUUCAAGGACUGUGAUGGGAAGUACCUGGCACCCACUGGGCCCACCGGCACGCUCAAGUCAGGGCGCAGCUCCAAGCCGGGCAAGGAUGAACUCUUCGAUCUGGAGGAGAGUCACCCCCAGGUGGUGUUCACGGCGGCCAACGGCAGAUUUGUCUCCAUCCGACAAGGCGUCAACGUGUCGGCCAACCAGGAUGAGGAGUUGAACCAUGAGACCUUCCAGCUGCAGAUCGACCGUGACACUAAGAAGUGCAGCCUGCACACCAAUGCUGGCAGCUACUGGACCCUGGUGGCCCACGGGGGCAUCCAGGCCGUGGCUACUGAAGUUGCUGCCAACACCAUGUUUGACAUUGAGUGGCGCGGGCGGCGCGUGGCCCUGCGUGCCAGCAACGGCCGCUAUGUGUGCACCAAGAGGAACGGGCAGCUGGCGGCCGUCAGCGAUGCCGUGGGGGAGGACGAGGAGUUCACCCUGAAGCUCAUCAACCGGCCCAUGCUGGUGCUGCGGGGCGAGCACGGCUUCGUCUGUUACCAUCGCGGCUCCAACCUGCUCGACUCCAACCGCUCCGUCUACGACGUCUUCCACGUGGGCUUCAGCGACGGCGCCUACCAGAUCCGAGGUCAGGGGGGGAAGUUCUGGUACGUGGCGAGCAGCGGGGCGGUGUGCAGCGACGGGGACCUCUCCGAGGAUUUCUUCUUUGAGUUUCGGGAGCGCGGCCGCGUCGCCAUCAAAGGGAAGAACGGGCGGUACCUGCGUGGGGACCCGGCUGGCACCCUGCGGGCUGACAGCGAGUCGGUGCUGCGGGCCACGCUCUGGGAGUACUGAGCCCGGGGAUGGGGGGACCCGGCAGCACCAACCGCGUCCCCAACCCUCCCCAACUCAUGUCAUUAAAGUGCGUCUGGAUUGCAGCAAGGCACGGCCUUUUCCUUUACAGAUACA